CUACCAACAUAGAGAUAUAUUGGUGUAUACUUGAUGCGUAUAUGUAUUUUAUAAUUAAUAUUAUUUUACUUCUAAAAUGUGGUUCAAGAAACAAUUUAGUCGAUUUCUUAAAUAUCCUCAGUUUUAUACAAGGACUUUGUAUAGGACACAGUCAACACAAUAUAAUGUAGACACAAUAACACAUAUUCCAGAACCCGAAUAUAAUAUUGAUUUUCUAUGUAAUCCAUGUAAUCGAGAUAUUAUUUUUAAUAAUAUAGCAGCAAGGAAAAGUAUUGGAGAUAUUGAUAAAAUUCUUGAACUUUCAAAAAAUCCAGAGUUAAAAAAGUCUCUUUUGCAUGAGUUAAAUAAAAUACCAAAUCAAACAGAUCCAAGAGUAUUAUCUUAUGGCGAAGAACCACAAAUUUUAAAAGAAUGCGGGCGUAAUCCAGAAUUUGAUUUUGAACCACAAGAAUUUUCAACAUUAGUUACAAAUUUAAAGGCAUUCAAAAGUAAACAAUUGGGGCCCUUAAUAGGAACACGAGGUUACUUGUUCUUAGGAGAUCUAGCAGAAUUAGAAGAAGCAUUAGUUCAUUUUACAGUCAGAAAGUUAAUGAAACAUGGCUUUAAACUUAUCUCUGUACCUGAUAUUAUCCCUACUGAAGUUAUAGAAAGAUGUGGAUUGAUAAUAGAUAAUGGAAGACACCUUGUAUAUAAUUUAAGUCCUUUUUAUGGAGAGAACUAUAGUUUAUCUGGAACAGCAGAAAUGUCCUUAGCUUAUAAAGUAAUGAAUACUGUAUUUAGUUCAGAAGAUUUACCACUAAAAAUGGCUGCUGUAAGCAGGUGUUUUAGGGCUGAAAUAUCUAAUCUUAUACAUGAGAGAAGUAUAUACAGGGUCCAUCAAUUUACAAAAGUUGAAAUGUUUGUAUGUUCAAAACAUGAAGAGUCAGAAUAUCAGUUUCAAGAACUUCUGAAUAUUCAAGAAGAUUUAUUUUCUUCAUUAAAUUUAUAUUUUCGAAUAAUUGAUAUGCCAGCUCAUGAUUUAGGGUCUCCAGCAUAUAGGAAAGUAGAUAUGGAAGGAUGGAUGCCUGGAAGAAAAUUAUAUGGAGAAUUAUCUAGUUGUAGUAAUUGUACAGAUUAUCAGUCACGACGACUUCGUAUAAAAUAUAAGACAAAUAAGGGAGAAGUUUUACAUGUUCAUACUUUGAAUGGAACUGCAUGUGCUGUACCUCGCAUGUUAAUAGCACUUUGUGAAACACAUCAAACAAAACAUAUGCGUAUUCAAAUCCCUGAAAUUUUAAUACCUUAUAUGGCAGGAAAGACACUUAUUAAAAAACAACCAAUUGCUAACAUGAAACUCCAUAAAUACAAAUCACAAAUCUAAUAUGUAACUGUAACUGUACAUGUAACAUUUAAUCUUCUCUGAAAACAGUUAAAGACAAGUAAUAAUUACAUUUUUAUUAUUUUUGCCAUUCAUGAAUGUAAAAGUAUAUAUAUGUAGGAAUAUUUACUUGCAAUUUACAUUAAAAUAAAUUAUCUAUUUAUCGAUGUAUAUAGAAUUUUAUCGUGCAUAAGCCUAAAUGCAAUGAAUAAUAAUAAUUUAUAUAAUUCUUAUAUUUAUAAUAUACAAGAAUAAAAUUUGUAAAGAAAUAAAAAAUGAUUUCCAAUUAUAUAUAUUAAGAAAUUACUUGUUUCUAGUUAAUUGCUUUUAUUUAUAUAAAUUAAAUAAUAUUAUAGGAAAUUAAACAGGAUUCAUAAAAAAUUCAAAUAUUAAACACCACCUGACAAUAUAUUUUCUAGAAACUAGUACAAUAUUAUCAUACAAAGAAUGUGGGCUUGAAAAUUAUACAUACACAGGGAUAAAGAUCUUUUCUUCAUUAACUUGUUAUUCUGUAUAUAUUUUGCUGCGGUGUUAUAAAAAUGUAACACAAAAUAUUUUUUCUUAAAGUAAUACAAUUUAAAGACACUGUAAAUUUUACAAUUUAUCUCUCUCGAUAAUCAGAUGGUAAUGUAUUGUUUUUUAUUCAUUAACGGUUAAAAAAUUGUAUGUAUUUGUGUAUUGAUAUAGUGUAUCGCAGAAUGAUACAAACUUUAUUUUAUCAAAAUUUCCAUUUAUCAAUACAGUCCAAUUGCAGUUCAUAUCUUGA